AUGGCAUGAAUACAGCCUUAUACUGUUUAGACAAGCUGUACUGUGCGCACGUUGGAAACUUGUUUAGCCAGCCAGUCUCAGUUUUAGCUUGUGGACUUUGAGAGGUCUACCCGAAAGCACAGUCCGACAAACUUAGUAACAAGGAAAGCCCUACACCCACCCCCUUUUUAAGUCCCUAAAGUGACGUUGAUUUGGCUUCAUAAACGAGCCAGCCUGUUGGGUUGCUUUAAAGAAGGAUACGCUGUUGGACAUGUGAAUUUAAAGGAAAUAACUGGCAAGCGCAACAAUGAAACAAGCGACUGUCCUGUAUUGCCUCGACUUUUUCCUGACGUGCCUCUUGUUUGGAUCGAGCUCUUCACAAUCAGUAUGUGCUGGCACAGAGAACAAGCUGAGUACACUGUCAGACCUGGAUCAGCAAUAUCGCACCCUGAGGAAGUACUACGAGAGUUGUGAAGUUGUAAUGGGCAACCUCGAAAUCACAAGCAUCGACCGCAGUCGGAACCUCACUUUUCUCAGAUCGAUCCGAGAAGUGACAGGCUACGUGCUGGUGGCUCUGAACCAGUUUGAAUACUUGCCUCUGGAGAACUUGCGAAUCAUCCGAGGGACUAAGCUGUACGAGGGCCACUAUUCACUCGCAAUCUUCCUCAACUACAGGCACGAUGGAAACUUUGGCCUGCGUCAGUUAGGCCUGAGGAACCUCACGGAGAUUCUAAGUGGAGGCGUCUAUGUCGACAAUAACAAGUUCCUGUGUCACGCAGACACUAUUCAUUGGCAGGACAUUGUCAAGAAUUCAGGUGUUUUUCCUGUGGUAGUACCCACCAACAGCAGUGUCACAUGUCAGAAGUGUCAUCGCUCCUGUAAUGGCCGUUGCUGGGGCCCCAAAGAGAACCAGUGUCAAAGCCUAACUAAGACAGUGUGUGCUGAACAGUGUGAUGGUCGCUGUUUUGGGCCCUAUGUGAGUGACUGCUGCCAUCGUGAGUGUGCAGGUGGCUGCUUUGGUCCAAAGGACACUGACUGCUUUGCAUGUACAAACUUCAAUGACAGUGGAGCAUGUGUAACGCAGUGUCCCCAGCAUUUUUUGUACAAUCCCACCACCUUCCAGGUGGAACACAACCCAAGGGCCAAAUACACUUAUGGAGCAUUCUGUGUCAAGAAAUGCCCACAUAAUUUUGUGGUGGACCAGAGCUCCUGUGUGAGAGCGUGCCCCAGUAACAAGAUGGAAGUGGAGGAGAACCACAUCAAGAUGUGCAUUCCUUGUACAGACAUCUGUCCAAAAGCAUGUGAUGGCAUUGGAACUGCCAGUCUACAGGCUGAUCAAACAGUGGACUCCAGUAACAUUGACAAAUUUGUUAAUUGCACCAAAAUAAAUGGCAAUUUGGUUUUUCUCAUCACGGGAAUCAAAGGGGAUGUCUAUCAUAACAUUGAAGCUUUGGACCCAGAAAAACUCAAUGUAUUUCGAACGGUUAGGGAAAUUACAGGCUUUCUUAACAUCCAGUCUUGGCCCGACAACAUAACCGACUUGAGUGUUUUCAGCAACUUGGUAACAAUCGGGGGGAGAGCUUUGUACAGCGGAAUCUCCCUGCUGGUGUUAAAGCAGCAUGGCAUCUUAUCACUUCAACUUCAGUCACUCCGAGAGAUCAGUGCGGGGAACGUGCACAUUGCAGAGAAUAGCCAGCUGUGCUACUACAACACAGUCAACUGGACCCGACUGUUCCGUGCUGCCAACCAGAAAACUUUGAUCCGUGACAACAGGAGCCCAAAGGAAUGCUCCAAGGAUCAUAUGGUUUGUGAUCCAUUGUGUUCCAAUUCUGGAUGUUGGGGUCCUGGCCCAGAUCAGUGUCUCUCAUGCAGGGACUUCAGUAGAGGACAAAGUUGUGUGGAAAACUGCAACCUGUAUGAAGGGGCUAUUCGAGAGUUCGCCAACGAAUCAGUGUGUGUGGAGUGUGAUCCCCAAUGUGAGCGGGCUGAUGGCGACUCUUUGACCUGCCACGGUCCGGGCCCAGAGCACUGUGUGAAAUGCAUCAAUUUUAAAGAUGGGCCUAACUGUGUGGAAAAGUGCCCGGAUGGACUGCAAGGCGCAAACAGUUUUAUCUUUAAGUACGCUGAAAGCAACAAUGAAUGUCAUCCAUGCCAUGCCAACUGUACACAAGGGUGCACUGGACCAAGACUUCAAGAUUGUAUUGGGUGGAUGGACAGAACCCCUUUGAUCGCAGCAGGGGUGAUCGGCAGCCUCUUCAUGGUGGUUAUCAUUGUGCUGAGUGUGGCGGUGUCUGUGCGUCGGAACAACAUUAAGAAGAAGAGGGCUCUUCGUCGCUUCCUGGAGACGGAGCUGGUCGAACCCUUGACACCCAGUGGGACAGCACCCAAUCAAGCUCAACUCCGAAUCCUGAAAGAAACAGAACUCAAAAGAGUCAAAAUCCUCGGUUCAGGUGCCUUUGGGACUGUGUACAAGGGAAUUUGGAUCCCAGAGGGUGAAACGGUUAAGAUACCUGUAGCCAUCAAAAUCCUAAACGAAGCUACAGGGCCCAAGGCAAACGUGGAAUUCAUGGACGAGGCCCUCAUUAUGGCCAGCAUGGAGCACCCUCACCUGGUACGCCUGCUGGGUGUUUGUCUGAGUCCUACCAUCCAGCUGGUUACGCAACUGAUGCCGCACGGCUGCCUUCUCGACUACGUCUAUGAACACAAAGACAAUAUUGGAUCCCAGCUGUUGCUUAACUGGUGUGUCCAGAUUGCUAAGGGGAUGAUGUAUCUGGAGGAGCGUAGGCUGGUCCACAGGGAUCUGGCAGCUCGCAACGUCCUGGUGAAAUCUCCAAACCAUAUCAAGAUUACUGACUUUGGCUUAGCCCGCUUGCUAGAUGUGAAUGAGAAGGAAUAUAAUGCAGAUGGAGGAAAGAUGCCCAUUAAAUGGAUGGCCCUGGAGUGUAUUCAUUACAGGAAGUUCACUCAUCAGAGUGAUGUUUGGAGUUAUGGGGUGACAAUUUGGGAGCUAAUGACCUUUGGAGGGAAACCAUAUGAUGGCAUUUCAACCAGAGAUAUUCCAGACCUCCUGGAGAAAGGGGAACGUCUCCCACAGCCACCUAUCUGCACCAUUGACGUCUACAUGGUUUUAGUCAAAUGCUGGAUGAUCGAUGCAGACAGCCGACCCAAGUUCAGAGAGCUGGCAGCAGAGUUCACCAGGAUGGCUCGUGAUCCGCAAAGAUACCUUGUUAUUCAAGGGGAUGACCGAAUGAAGCUCCCUAGUCCAAAUGACAGCAAGUUCUUCCAAAGUCUCCUGGAUGAAGAGGAGUUGGAAGACCUGCUGGAUGCUGAGGAGUAUGUGGUGCCACACUCCCUUAGUAUGCCACCUUUGACCUACACUUCACAAACUCGCAUCGACCCUAGCAAGUUUUGCUACCAGGAUCCUAAUUUCAGCCGGCAGAACACGAUGAACACCCUCACGAGGGUAGUCUCUGUUCCGCCUGUGAGUGCCGCCUGCUUGGUUACCCAGGACCUGGCUUCUGGAAGUGGAUUUGUCCGCGCCAAACAGGAGGAUCCACGAUGUAAUGGAACUCUAAGGAAGCAGGCCUCCCCGAGAGCAAGUGUCCUCGUGGCUGGCUCAACACUUUCCACAGUACAAGGUACGCGGGAGGAUUGUAGUGGACAGCGUUAUAGCGCAGAUCCAACUGGUCUUCUUGCAGAACGAGGAGCCAAAGUGGAGAAGGAACAAGAUCCAUAUGCCACUGGAAUGAGAGAGAAGAAAAGUUCAGAACUCAUGAACCCUGUUGAAGAAAACCCUUUCAUUACACGUCGCAGAAACGGAGAAGCCCAUGCAGCGGUCGACAGUGCAGGCUGCCACACUCUGCACAUGGCCGGAGCUGUCGCGGUAGCCGCUUCCGCAUCCGCCUCGGGGAGCCACCCAACCCACAGGAACGAUGAGUACAUCAAUGAGCCACUUUACCUGAAUACCUUUCUCAACCCCGGGGACAAGAAUGGAUUAGCUGCUGCCGUCUCCUUCUCUGUCCCCGGGACCUCUGCUGCCCAAACAGUAUCACAGACAGUCAACAAAUCCACAUCGAGCCACGCCAUCCCAACCUCCCCAUACGUUCUAGCCCCAGGUCACCUCCCUCACCCCACGUAUCCGUCACACACCCUGCAUCCGGGGCAUUCGGGACAUGCUCUGCACUCAGGCAUUACUGGCGGAACCAUCAUGUUGGAUAAGAAAGGCAAGAAAGCUACUUUUGACAAUCCCGAAUACUGGCAGCACAGCCUUCCUCCAAAAGCCUCCCUGCACAACCCGGAGUACCUGCAGGACUGCAGCACACGUUUCUUCUACCGACAGAAUGGACGCAUCCGCCCCGCUGUCGCUGAAAACCAGGAAUACUUGUCUGAGGCUGCAAUGAAAGCCGGCAAUGUGUUACCACCACCUCCCUACAGACAAAGGAACACUGUGGUGUAGUCACCCACCUGUAGCACGCAAAAAGAGGGAGCGAAUGUUGGAAAAGAAUGAACUAUGAGCUACCCCACAUCACCAAACAGUGUUUUUAAACUGAGUUCUACUUACACCCGUUGCGUCAUUCAUUCCGGUUCAAAGACUCAGCAUGUAUUGACAGUUCUCUAGAUUAGAAGUAUUACAAAAUGUCCCUCUUCUUUUCUUUCACACAGAGCAACACAGUCCAGCCCUUUCUGUAGUAGCUCCAGAGACGCAAAUUAAUCAGUAAUUCAGAGAAUGAAUUCAUUCUGAAGGUCAGAAAGGGUCCAAAAAUAGUGGAAAGCCCAAAGAAAGGAUUAUUGCCAUGACUGAGUUAUUAUACCUCUAUCAUCGCUGUUUACUAGUAAUACCCAACGUCUUUUGUUUGUUUGUUUGUUUGUUUUUUUGGUUUGUUUUUUGAAAACCUUAAUUGGGCAUGUGCCCACUUUUAUAUGAUAGUAAAAAAAACAUCCACACAAAGACCUGCUGUGGACAUCCCAUUGUAGUUUGUGUACUGUAGGCCACGAUAUUUGGUGUGGCCUACAUCACCCAAAAUACAUACAGUAUAUGUGGAUGCCAAGUCUUAAUUAUAUGUUGUUGUUGUUUUUUUCCUCCGCUGUACUGGAUUUAACACAUUGCCGGCCAUUGACAAGGAUAAACGUCAAAUUCAUUUAAACUGCAAUGAAUGGUAGUAAAUGCUCAUGCUUUCGUGCCAUUGACGUCUUGUUCAUUUUGAAUGGGAGGAAAAAUGAACGUAUUCGGCCCUCCCAAAACGGAUAGGAUGUCUAGCGCUCGCAACAGGAGCCACUUAGUUAACCUCUUUAUGCCUGAAUUUACAUUUAACGUGGAUGCAUCAAAAAGCAUUGGGGUAGUGAAUAAGACGAUAUAAAUAUUAGAGCUGGGAAUCUUUGGGCACCUAACGAUUCGAUUACGAUUACGAUUCAGAGGCUCCGAUUCGAUUAUAAAACGAUUAUUGACGCACCCCCUCCUUUUUUUUUUUUUUUUUUUUUUUUUUUUUUUUUUUUUUUUUUUUUUUUUUUUUUUUUUUUUAAUGUUUUGUACAUUAGUUCCAAAAUUGUUCAAAAAUACUCUCAGGCUAAACCACACUACUAUUUCAGUAUCAAGUUAACAUAUAGCAGUAAACAAAUAUACAAAAAUAACAUUAAAUAAAAAACUCCUGUCCCGAUUCUGUAUCAGCAGCUUUAAACUACAUUCAAUUAAUUUAAUGUUGUGAAUCAACCGUUAAAUUUGUUAAAAUUGCUCCCGUUAUUCCAUAAUUUCCCUUUUGUCUACUUUCGACAUGUGAAAGUUUUAAAACUAUUUUAAAGAUAGAUUCAAGUCAAUAUUUUACCGAUUUAGGAGUAUUUUAGAUAAAAAGUUAAUUAGGUUUGCUUGGAAGGUUCGCUACAACAGCCUUGCAGGGAAGUGUACUGCUUUAAGAUGGCGGCCGUUUAUAACGUCCGCAUUUAGCUUUUUGUAGAUGUGCUGCUAACACUACCAAAUCUAUAUUGCAUCUAGUCCUAUAUAAAUGAUAUCCACCGUAACAUAUGGAUGUACUUUGCAGCAGCUUUUCGGCAGCAGUCAGGUAUGUUGUUGUGUUUUUUUUUUAUCUCGUUGCAUGACCCGAGGGGCCGGGUAAUGGGAAGCAUGAUGUUUAGCUACUCUCGCUCCGUUCCAUCCCGAAGACCGCGCGGCGCGCUGAGUGUUGUGUACUUCCGCUUUACUUCGCAUAUUUGAAUAAUCGGAAUUUGGAUGUUUGUGAAUCGUUCUCGAAUCUUCCACGGCCGAAUCGCGAAUAAUCUAAGAAUCGGACAUUUUGCGCACCUCUAAUAAAUAAUAAUAAAAACUAACACUAUGUAUAGAAAUUCAAAUAAAAAGAAAUACCAGUAAAAUUGGAAUAAACCCAAAUUAACGAUAACACAUACUAAGUAAAAGAAAUUGAAACAAAUAUACAGGAACAAAAAUUAAACAUUAAUAUAACAUUUUCAGUUCAAAAGGAAUUAAUACAUUUGGCCCUUUUCAUUCAUUUUAGAAAUUUAAAAAUAUAUGUCUAUAUGUCUGAUAUAUGUGGCGGGAAACACUCAGGUGACUUGAAGGUCCGCUCUGAGACUCCGAUUUUGGCCAAAUUUAAAAAUUAUCCGAUAUGCAUGUGUGAUACAUCAUUGCAAAGCUUAAAAUCUCAAUUUUCUGGGGGAAGAAAAAUUUUGAACAGGAGGGCAUUAAAAAAAAAUUUAAACAGCAAAACCCUAUCUGGAGUUGAGAGCAGAAUUUCAGAUGCCAUGACUUUAACUAGAUAUUAUCGUGUACUUACCUUGUUUCGAUCCAAAAACUUGAUAUAGCAUGUAUCGCUGAGUGUCAAGACACAGCUGUGAAUGGCCACAGCUGGAUUUUUGGGGGAUUUUAUGGGUGAAACAUGGUAAUAUAACAAGGGUCGCGAUGCAGAAAUCGCAGACAUCAAGGAGUGGUCGAGAUUUUGUUUUUCAUAUAUUUACCCUUUUUAAAUGUUUUUUUUUUUCAAUUUUUCUUCGUUUGGAUCGAUUAUUUAUCAUCUAAUAUAUCAGACAAAAUGCAACAGUAACAAAAAAAAAAAAAAACUUAAGCGAUAGUUAUGAGCUAGAUUUCCGUGACUUUUUUGCAGACGCCAUUUUUUUCAUUGUGACGUAAUUUGUGUAAAAGUUUAAAAUAUGGGAGUGAAUAGUUUUUUAAAGUCGGGUUUUUUUUUUUUUUUUUUUUUUUGAACAAAAUAUUAGACAUCAAUUAAUGAGUCAAAGCUAAAAAUGACAGACAUUUUGAAUAAUAAAUAUAAUCAAUUACCUUCGUUUUAUGGCUGGGUUGAAACAAAAGCGGUUGUGCGACGUCUGUAAACGGGGGUUUCCAGGGUAAAAUGGACAAAAAUAGUUUGGGGGCUUAAUGCGCCAUGAAUCUGCUAUGGCAGCAUAUAGACAAAUUGUUCUAUCAAACAAAACAGUUCUUUUGGCUUAAAAUACAGCAGUUUGUUUUAAAGAGGAGUGAAAGAGCAGAAACUGCUAUUUCAGCCUUGUCUCUGUUUUCCGCCGUAUACUAUAUAUGUAUAUAUACACUCACUGGCCACUUUAUUAGGUACACCAUGCUAGUAACGGGUUGGACCCCCUUUUGCCUUCAGAACUGCCUCAAUUCUUCGUGGCAUAGAUUCAACAAGGUGCUGGAAGCAUUCCUCAGAGAGUUUGGUCCAUAUUGACAUGAUUGCAUCACACAGUUGGUGCAGAUUUGUCGGCUGCACAUCCAUGAUGCGAAUCUCCCGUUCCACCACAUCCCAAAGAUGCUCUAUUGGAUUGAGAUCUGGUGACUGUGGAGGCCAUUUGAGUACAGUGAACUCAUUGUCAUGUUCAAGAAACCAGUCUGAGAUGAUUCCAGCUUUAUGACAUGGCGCAUUAUCCUGCUGAAAGUAGCCAUCAGAAGUUGGGUACAUUGUGGUCAUAAAGGGAUGGACAUGGUCAGCAACAAUACUCAGGUAGGCUGUGGCGUUCCAACGAUGCUCAAUUGGUACCAAGGGGCCCAAAGAGUGCCAAAAAAAUAUUCCCCACACCAUUGCACCACCACCACCAGCCUGAACCGUUGAUACAAGGCAGGAUGGAUCCAUGCUUUCAUGUUGAUGAUGCCAAAUUCUGACCCUACCAUCCGAAUGUCACAGCAGAAAUCGAGACUCAACAGACCAGGCAACGUUUUUCCAAUCUUUUAUUGUCCAAUUUCGAUGAGCUUGUGCAAAUUGUA